AUGGUCAUCUUCAGGCAGCUCUCCCUGGGCGGGAAGGCCGCCCUGGCCGCCGGCACCGUCUUCGUGUCCAUGAUCAUCUCCCGCUCCUACCUGUCUGAGAGCCUCGAGGUCAGGGCCUGGCGCUGGCUGUUCCGCCUGCAGCUGGCCCUGUUUGCCAACUCGCUCAUGCUGAUUGGCUCCCUCUACAUCUGGCGUAGCACUGUCGGCAGCCUUAGCCACGCUCCAGCCUCACAGUCGGCCUGUUUUCGUCUUUGGAAGAUGGCCGUCGUGGCCUUUCUGGCCCUGGCCCACUCCAGUUUCUUCACCAUGCUCUUCUUGGUGGCCGAGGAGCCCUAUCUCUUUUCCCUGGCCGCCUACUCCUGCCUCGGGGCGUACAUCAUCAUGGUCUUCUUCCUCUGUACCCUCAGCGGCAUGGAGCAGGCCUACCAGCUCCUGGCCUGGCGCAGUGGUAGGGUCGCGGGCAGCCUGGACAAGACAAGGAGGCUGGCGCUCAGGCCGGCCCUGGCCGUGGUGGUGACCGCCGUGCUCAGCAUCGCGGGGCUGCUGAAUGCUGCGCAGCCCCCCGCGGUGAAGACGGUGGAGGUGCCCAUCCAUCAGCUGCCCACCUCCAUGGACCGCCUCAAGAUCGUGCUCCUCUCCGACAUUCACUUGGGCCCCACCGUGGGCAGGACCAAGAUGGAGAUGUUCGUGAGGAUGGUGAACAUGCUGGAACCGGACGUCACGGUGAUCGUGGGGGACCUCUGCGAUUCAGAAGCCUCAGUCCUGCGGACGGCUGUCGCGCCUUUGGGCCAGCUUCAUUCACGCCUGGGCACCUACUUCGUCACCGGGAACCACGAAUACUACACGUCGGAUGUCAGCAACUGGUUUGCGCUGCUGGAGUCCCUGAAUGUCAGGCCCCUGCACAACGAGAACGUGAAGAUCUCUGCCACCCGCGCCCAGCGUGGGGGUGGCGAGGAUGGCGACUGGAUCUGCUUGGCCGGCGUGGAUGACAUUGAGGCAGACAUCCUGCACUACUCUGGCCACGGGAUGGAUCUUGAGAAGGCGCUGGGGGGCUGCAGCCCGGACCACAGCACCAUCUUGCUGGCUCACCAGCCCCUGGCUGCCAAGAGAGCCCUUCAGGCUCGGCCGGAUAUCAACCUGAUCCUUUCUGGGCACACCCAUGCUGGGCAAAUCUUCCCCUUGAAUGUGGCGGCCUAUCUCCUGAACCCCUUCUUUGCUGGUCUCUACCAAGUGGCCCAGACCACGUUUGUAUACGUCAGCCCAGGCACGGCCUACUACGGGAUCCCCAUGAGAUUGGGGAGCAGAGCAGAGAUCACAGAGCUCAUCCUGCAGCGGGCUCCCUGAACCUGGCCCCGCCCUCAUCCUCUGCCCUGGCCCUCAUUCUCUGUCCCUCUUCAGGGCGGGUUGCCUGCUUUUCCCCCUCCAGCCUUUCCUGCCCAGCCCUGCGGACACAGCCUGGCCACAGCCUGGUUUGAACAGUGAUUUGUGGUGGGGUUGCCUGGCAGGUUAGCUCUGUAGAUGGCCAGUUGCUUUCUUAUAAUGCAUUUGUGAGGUCACAAGUCACAUGCGUAAGGACGGGCAUCUGUUGUCCAGAUGAUGUGGAGUAAACCCCCCUUCUCUGCAGAGCUCCCAGGGAUAAACUAAAAGAGACAUGGGGUUGCUUGUAAGGGAUGCCUCUAGAAAGCAGAGUAGGGAAGGAACGCUUGAGUGCCUUUCAAACCCUCCUAGGACUUAGGCAGUUGCCAGAAUCGUUGAUGCAGAGGUUUCUGGGUAAGGGGCAUGUUGCUAGUCAUCUGGGAGAGCAGGUGAGAUGGAGGCCCCUCUGGCUGCUGGAGGAGAAGAAUAACUUAUUUCCCCCUUGGUUCUCUCAGAGUCCCCUCUCUUGAGAGAACUGGCAACACCUGCUGGAAUACAGAGCUCAUCUUAUUCCAGACCUUGAG